CCUCUAACUUCUCGCCAGUAGCCCACAUCAACUCCGAAGACCGGGGCGUGGACUCAGCCCGACGAUCCCCUGCUCUUAAAUUUGAGGAGACGACCGACUUUCGGGAGGAAAAAGGAGAAACCGACAAGAAAUCGAUCGACUCGCAGCUGGCUACAUGUUCCAAAUCUCAAAACAAAUUAAAAGAAAAAGCAAUCAAGGGAGGCACCCCGCAGCGUAACCAUGGAUGACAUCUUCACACAGUGUCGAGAAGGGAACUCAGUUGCUGUCCGUCUGUGGCUGGACAACACAGAGAAUGACCUCAACUUGGGCGAUGACCACGGCUUCAGUCCCCUCCACUGGGCAUGCAGGGAGGGGAGGAGCGGAGUUGUCGACAUGCUCAUCAUGAGAGGUGCUCGUAUUAAUGUGAUGAACCGUGGAGAUGAUACCCCAUUGCAUCUCGCCUCCAGCCAUGGGCAUAGAGACAUUGUGGCAAAGCUGAUUCAGUGCAAAGCCGACCCCAAUACGGUCAACGAGCAUGGAAACACACCACUCCACUAUGCCUGCUUCUGGGGCCAAGAUGAAGUGGCAGAGGACCUGGUGACCAGUGGUGCACAGGUGUGUAUAUGUAACAGGUAUGGACAGACACCUCUGGACAAAGCCAAGCCUCACCUAAGACAGCUGCUUCAAGAAAAGGCUGAGAAAAUGGGCCAGAGUAUGACCAAAGUCCCCUAUAAGGAAACUUUCUGGAAGGGCACCAUGCGAACACGACCUCGUAAUGGUACCCUCAACAAGCAGGCUGGUAUUGAUUAUAAGCAGCUUUCGCUCCUGGCAAAGAUCAAUGAAAACCAGUCUGGAGAGUUGUGGCAGGGUCGGUGGCAAGGGGAUGAGAUUAUAGUGAAGGUGCUGCAGGUUAGAGACUGGACCACCAGGAAGAGCAGAGACUUCAACGAGGAGCAUCCCAAACUCAGGAUCUUUUCUCAUCCGAACAUUCUGCCUGUUCUCGGGGCCUGUCAGUCACCUCCAUCCCCUCACCCCAUCAUCAUUACCCACUACAUGCCAUACGGAUCUCUCUUCAACAUACUGCACCAGGGCACUACUCUGGUGGUCGACCAAAGCCAGGCAGUGAAGUUUGCAUUGGACAUAGCUAGCGGCAUGGCUUUCCUCCACACCUUAGAACCAAUGGUUUCACGGCUUUACCUCAACAGUAAACAUGUCAUGAUUGAUGAGGACAUGACAGCCAGAAUAAGCAUGGCAGAUGCUAAGUUCUCCUUCCAGUGUCCUGGUCGUAUGUACUCUCCAGCAUGGAUGGCCCCUGAAGCCCUGCAGAAGAGGCCUGAGGACAUCAACAGAAGAUCUGCUGACAUGUGGAGCUUUGCUGUGUUACUGUGGGAGCUGGUUACCAGAGAGGUCCCCUUUGCUGACCUCUCGCACAUGGAGAUAGGCAUGAAGGUGGCUCUCGAAGGACUUCGGCCAACUAUUCCACCUGGGAUUUCCCCUCACAUCUGUAAGCUGAUGAGGCUCUGCAUGAACGAAGACCCAGCCAAGAGACCCAAGUUUGACAUGAUCGUCCCCAUCCUGGAGAAGAUGCAAGACAAGUGAAUGCCUUUGCUGCAUUCUCCUGUUACCAUGUUUUUUGACGUCAACCACUCUUUAUCUUCACUCCAAUCAUGUAUCUGCUUAGCCACUGUAAAUAUUGUCGGAGACCACUUUCGCUACACAAUUCAGACAAUGAGUAUUAUAUUGCUUUUCAUGUAUAAUUUAAAUUUGAGGUAUAAAUGUUCUUUAGCCUAUGUGCUCUUUUAUUACAGCUGAAACAUGCUCACCGAAAUAUGUGCAAACAUUUGAAUCCAGUGUGGAUUUUAUUUGGUGACAGAAACACAACAAAGAAAUGUGUAUAGAAAAAAAUGCUUUUAUACACAGUGAAUACCAAGGCAAUAAAUGUUUUAUAUUUAUGACAAAU